UUAGCUCAGCUGGUAGAACAGCAUGGCUGUCGAUUCCCACAGGCGGCGAAUUUUCUAUUCUUUUUCCGUUCAUUUUGAUUUCCACUGUUUGUCAUUCCACUGUUUGUCACAAUCACAGUGUUGCUUCACACUUUCCAUUUCCAUUUCCAUGGCGUUCAAUCCAAUAGGCUUUCCUCCGGCGAUACGGUGGUGAUUCAUUACUAUGGAAGAUUGGCGGCGAAGCCAGCAUGGUGAUUUGAUGAAAAUGGAGAUCCCUUCCUUUUCAAUUUGUUCUUGCUUCUGGAAUGCAUUCACAGAUCUUUCACUUUGACCAUCUCAACUUAUGUUGGUCAUAUCUGGUAUUGAAUCAGCUGUGAGAUCAAUGAAAGUAGGUGGCAUUCGUCGCGUCAUUUUCCCUCCAUCACCACGUCUCAAUAACCCAUCCCACCUAGAUUUUUUGAUAGACAGAUUAUUCACUACUAUAUUCAAUCCAACUCGCUUAUCGAAUGAUGAAGGCCCGAACUUGGUGACACUCAAUAUUUGAUAUCGAGCUGGUCAGUGUGAAGCAUCAUUCGACCACCCUCAUCUCCGCAGUAUACAGGAAUUCUGGAUGUUGUUUUCUUCUACGUGAUGACUUUCUGAGUUCGCAUAUUAACAGAAGACACGAAAAUUGUACUCCCUCCGUCACAAGAUAAGCGACUCACAUUUCUUUUUGGGACGUUCCAAGAUAAGUGAGCCAUUUCCUUUUUUGGCAUUCUCUCUCUUACUUUUUCUCUACUUUAUUAACUCUCUUACUUUAUUCACUUUCCACUUUACUAACAAAACCCCAUCUUCUUAAAUCUCGUGCCGAAAAGUUUUAGCUCACUUAUCUUGGGACGGAGGGAGUAUAGUUUUUUUGCAGGAUCGUCAAAUGGUCAGUGGAUUCUCAGACAGCUACUCCUGAUAGUACUUUUUCAGGAGCAGUCUGCUAGAGUGAAUAUGUGGUUUAAUCUGAUUUGUAUUGUCUGAUGCUACUAUACAUAAAAUGUACCGAGUAUUUAUCUAGUUAAAUUUGCAACAGACGUAGAACUAAGGUGUUGUGUGCCUGAUAAUUGACUAGGUAACUUAGGUGUUGAGCUUUCAACGUCGGAAAGGUAGAACUACAUGACUUGCUGGUGAAGAUGAGGAUACUGAUGUUUGAACUAACAUGCAUGAUAUCACCAUCAAUGGACCGGGAGAAGAACGAAGUUUCCUUUCUUCUCCGUAACUCUACUCUCCAUAUAUAGAAGAAAACAAGGGUGCAACGGAGCUCCACUGCUGAUUGUGUUCAGAAAUGGGGCAGAACAACCGUGCGACACUGAUCUACGCGAUGGUGGCUCGUGGAACGCCGCCAGUAGUACUGGCGGAGUACACUGCGUUCAGUGGGAACUUCAACUCCAUUGCCUACCAGUGCCUCCAAAAGCUUCCUUCAUCCAACAACAAGUUCACAUACAACUGCGAUAAUCACACCUUCAAUUACCUCAUUCACAAUGGCUUUAUAUAUUGUGUGGUUGCAGAAGAAACGGCAGGUAGACAGAUCCCUAUGGCUUUUCUAGAGCAUAUCAAGGAUGAUUUUUCGAAAAAAUAUGGUAGUGAGGGAGCUGCAGCAGUUCCUCCAAAUAGCCUUGAUAAAGAAUAUGGACGAAAGUUGAAGGAACAUAUGCAAUACUGCAUUGAGCACCCUGAGGAAAUAAGCAACCUAGCUAAGGUUAAGGCUCAGGUGUCUGAAGUGAAAGGUGUUAUGCGAGAAAACAUAGAGAAGGUUCUUGAUCGUGGAGAAAAGAUAGAACUAUUGGUGGAAAAGACUGAGAUAAUGCAUCAGCAGGCCAAGGAUUUCAAUUCUGCAGGAACAAGAUUACACAGGAGAAUGUGGCUACAGAAGUCGAAGAUGAAGCUUGUUGUUUUAGCUAUUGUGAUCGCAUUGAUCCUCAUCAUCGUGUUCUCUGUCUGUGAGGGGUUCGACUGUGGAGAUUGAAACAUCGUUCCGUGGAAAUGGUAAAAUGCGCGUGUUUUAAGUUAGCAGGUGAUAUUUACGCUUUUCUUUGAUGAAACUAGGACAAAGCCAACAAUAAUGCACUAUGUCCAUGAGACUUGAGUUUUGAACAUUAAGCUAUUUUGAGUUGGAAUAAUAUUGAGCUUCAUGAGUGAGCUUCUCAUGAGUGGCUACGUGGACAUUUUUUAAAUAAAUCCAAACUAUUCAAAUCA